GAGAGAGGAAGAAGGGAAUGGCGAUGGAGGGGUCGACACUGCCGCCCGUGGCGAAGACGGUGAAGCAGAUGGCGGCGGAUAUGGACGCGGCGAAGGCCGCCGGUGCCGACCUUGUCGAGAUCCGCCUCGCCCAACCCUCCGCCUUCCGUCCCCAGGAGGACCUCGAGUUCUUGCUCAAAGGCCGCCCACUGCCUGCUCUCGUCACCUACCGACCAAAGUGGGAAGGAGGUGAAUAUGAAGGUGAUGACAACCAGCGGUUCGAGGCACUUCACACUGCAGUGGAUUUAGGAGCUGAACAUGUUGAUAUUGAACUUAAGGUGGCUGAGGAAUUUGUGAGACUCAUAUCUGGAAAAAAACCAGAGAAUUUUAAGCUCAUUGUUUCUUCUCAUAACUAUCAGAGCACUCCAUCCAGCGAGGAGCUUGGUAGCCUUGCGGCAAGAACACAAGCUGUUGGAGCUGACAUUGUGAAGGUUGUAACAACUGCUGUGGACAUUGUUGAUGUGACACGAAUGUUUCAACUGAUCGUCCAUUGUCAAGAAAAGCAAGUCCCCAUGAUAGGAUUUGUUAUGGGUGAGCGGGGGGUGAUCUCCCAGUUGCUUUGCCCCAAGUUUGGUGGCUAUCUUACUUUUGGCGCACUUGAUGCGGGAAAAGAAUCAGCUCCUCGGCAGCCAACUUUAUCAGACUUGUUGAAUGUCUACAAUAUCAGAAAGAUCAGAGCAGACACAAAAGUUUAUGGGCUUAUUGGAAAGCCAGUUGGCCAGAGUAAACGUCCUAUUCUACAUAAUGCAGCAUUUAAGUCUGUUGGUUUCAAUGCAGUUUAUGUUCCACUUUUGGUGGAUGACCUUGCUAAUUUUCUCAGUGCCUACUGUUCUCCAGACUUUGCCGGGUUCAGUUGUACACUUCCCUACAAGGAGACUGCAGUUACAUGUUGUGAUGAGAUUGAUCCCAUUGCUAAGUCUAUAGGAGCCAUAAAUACAAUCAUUAGGAGGCCGGCUGAUGGAAAAUUAGUUGGUUACAACACUGACUAUAUUGGUGCAAUUUCUGCUAUUGAAGAUGGGAUUAGAGGUUCAUGGGCAAAGGAUGCAGUUGUUUCGCCCCUUGCUGGAAAACUUUUUGUUGUCAUUGGUGCUGGUGGAGCUGGCAAGGCUCUUGCUUAUGGUGCUACGGAGAAGGGAGCAAGAGUCGCAAUUGCAAACCGUACUUAUGAACGAGCUAGAGAGCUUGCUAACUUAAUAGGUGGACAUGCUCUUACACUUGCUGAAUUGGAAAGGUUCCAUCCUAAGGAGGGGAUGAUUCUCGCAAACACAACAUCUGUAGGAAUGCGUCCAAAUGUUAAUGAUACCCCUGUGUCUAAGCAAGCUCUGAGGUCUUAUGCGGUGGUGUUUGAUGCGGUCUACACGCCAAAAGUGAUCAGACUUUUGCGAGAAGCCAAAGAAUCUGGAGCUGCUGUUGUUAGUGGAGUGGAGAUGUUCAUAAGGCAAGCAAUGAGACAAUUUGAGUUGUUCACAGGUUUGGCAGCCCCUGAAGGCCUGAUGCGCAAUAUCACUUCAAGUUUAUGAGAAAUACAUAAAACGAAUUAUUCCCCGUUUGAUGGAGUUUCCGGGGCAUUGAUGCAUAAUAACGUCUACAUAGGUGAAUCCCUCACCAAGUCUUCUUACUCUGCUUGCUGUUUCUAUUUAUGUAAAACUAGCUCAGUGCUUUGGAAUGGAGAAGUGUGUUAGCUACUUGAAAAGUUUGAUUCUAUUUUAUUGAAGAGUGCUCUGUUCUUCCAAAGGCUGAGAGGAAGUCAUCAUACCCUGGCAUAUUCUGUUCAUAAUCCUCUUGUGGCAUUAGAAAUGGGCAUGCCCUGUUCCAACAAGCUAGUGACAGUGCAACAAUGAAGCUAAAUAGUUGAUUAAACCUGGUGAUGCUGAUGAGGUCCUCUGCCUCUCUGGCAAGCUCCCCAUCUCCAACAACAUUUGCUACAACACUCAUCAACUCCCUCAUUGUUUUUAACUGCCCUACCAUGGCUGAAGCUGCCCUUUGAAAAUUAUUUCUGACCUUUGU